GGAGGAGGUUAAGAGUGGCGAGAGGGGACAAAAGAGUGGCUUUUGAGGGGCGGUUGAGAUGGAGGAACGGGGUCUGCAAGGCGUGAAGCCCUACCUGGAGAAGCUCACCCUCGGGGUGACCCGCCUCCUGGAAACCUCUCCAGGAGUUACCGAAGUCAUGUUUGUGGAAAAGGAACCGGCCGAACGACACGCAAUCCUCUCCUGGGAACAGAAAAACGCCUGCGUCCUACCGGAAGAUCUGAAGAAUUUUUACCUCAUGACCGACGGUUUCCGAAUGACCUGGAACGUCAAGUUUGAUGAUAACCCAGUUUCCCUGGGCUGCAUGACGAUUAACAGCAUCUCCAAACUGAACCGGCUUACCGUUUCACCGGCCUACACUUUGCCCAGUGCGCCAACUCUGGCUGACCUGGAGGACUCUGACGAGGAGGAAGGUAACAAGGAGCAACCGAAGAGGCCUCACCUGGACGCCCGGUGUCUGAUAUUCGAAUUGGACUCCUGUGCAGGCAACGGGAAAGUCUGCCUCGUCUACAAGAACAACCCCCCCUUUCCCAGCCCAGCAUCGGAAAUCUGGUUCCUGGACCGAGCCCUUUACUGGCACUUCCUCACCAGCUCCUUCAUCGCUUACUACCGGCUUAUGAUCACCCACCUGGGGCUCCCCCAGUGGCAAUACUUCUUCACCGGCUACGGCCUCAGCCCCCAGGCCAAGCAAUGGUUCAACAUGUACAAGCCCAUCACGGUCCACACGGAGCAGCUGUGGGAAGCGGACGAGGCCUCCGUCGUCAACAAGCUGGACCCCAACAAGGUUUUCCGCAACAAGAACAAGGCCUCCCUGGUGAAGAAGAGGCCCCCCACCCAGGCCGCCGCCUCCCAGAAGAACCCGGCGGCGGGAGGGUCGCCCCGGACCACUUCGCAGGCUGGGAGCUUGUCAAAAAGACGGGAGACGCAGCCUUGAGCUCCCUCUGGACCCCCCCACCCCCACCCAUCCUCACACCACCACAACCCUCUCCCCCAGUCGCCCAGCCUUCCCUUUUGCCUCUGCAGGGCUUCAUAUUUAUUGCUGAAUUAUUUAUUGACUUGAUUUGAA